UGAUGAACUUGAUGAUGAACUUGAUGAUGAACUUGAUGUACUUGAAAUACUAGAAAUACUUGAAAUGCUAGCAGAACUUGUAGAUCGAUCUCUUCCUGCUGUUUUUCUAGUAAAAGAAUUAUUUUCGGAUCUUAUUCUUCCUAUUACACUAUUUUUGGUUCCAACACUUGUAGUACUAUUAGACCUAGAUCUGUUCCCAAUGAUACUAUUUCUCAUAUUGUUCACGCUAUUCUUAACGCUAGUUAUCCCACUUUUUUUCUCAGAAUCAGAAUUCACUUUACCAUUUUCAACACUUAUGAUACUAUCUGAACGACUUCUUGUACUUAAGAUACUAUUUCUAUUCUUAACACUAUUUGCUGCACCACUUGUACUAUUAUUAAUGCUUCCAUUCUUACUUUUCACUUUUGAAGUUUUCAAAUUGUUAAUUUGCGCAGGAGAUGAUUUUUUAACUGUGGAAGAUGAGGAAGAGGAAUUCGUAAUUCCAUUCAUUCCCCUACCACUUCUACCAAGAGGUGAACUUUGAUAUGGUUUAUUGGACGUUAAAGGUGGUCGUGAUGUGUUAGGUACUGGAGAUGAUUUUAUCACAGGAGAAGCCUUUGUUGAAGGUGAUGAAGUGCUAUUAUUAUUAUUAUUAUUAUUAUUUCUAUUAUUUUUAUUAUUUUUCAAAAUAGGU